UGGCCCGGCAAUGGCAGCGGGGCCCCGUGCCCCGUGGAUGCCACCUUUGCCCUGCGAUUCUUGCCCACCGUCUACCUGGUGGUGAUCCCCUUGGGGCUGGUGGGCAACGGGCUGGGGCUGUGGCACCUCUGCAGCGGGAGGCGGCGCGGUGCCCGCCCCCCCCUGGGCCCACUGGUGGGCAACCUGGGCCUGGCAGACCUGCUGUACAUCAGCACGCUGCCCUUCCUCGUCAGCUACUACCUGCGGGGCAGAGCGUGGCAUUUCGGGCAGGGCUGGUGCCGGGUCACCCGGGGCCUCUUCCACCUCAACAUCGGCUUCCUCACCUGCAUCAGCGUCCACCGCUACCUGGGCAUCGUGCACCCGCUGAGGGCACGGGGCAGGUGCCAGGGGCCCAGCUCGCUGGCGCGGCUCAGCGCGAUGGUCUGGCUGUGGGUCGUGGUGCAGGUAGCUCCCGAUCUGGCCUUCAGCAAGACGGACGGCGCGGGGACGCGGUGCCACGACACGACGGGACACGACAGCCUGGGCGGUUACUUGCCCUACACCGCGGCCGUCACCGUGACCGGGUUCCUCAUCCCCUUUCUCAUCAUCGUCGGGUGCUACUGCCACGUGGUGGUGGUGCUCUGCAAGAGUGACACCGUGGAUCCCGCCCUCAGGAGAAGAAGCAUCAGACUGGUGAUUCUUGUGAUGGUCCUCUUCUCCAUCUGCUUCCUCCCCUACCACAUCUUCAGAAACCUCAACUUGCUGUCUCGAGGCUGGCAGCUGCAGGGUUCCUGUACUCAGGCUUUGAAGAACAUCUAUGUUUCCUACCAGGUGACCCGGGGCCUGGCCAGCUUCAACAGCGCCCUCAACCCCCUGCUCUACGUGAUGACCGGCGAAGACUGCGUGUCGUGUGUGAGGACCAUCCACGAAAGAGCCAGCCAGUCCCUGAGGUCCACCUUCAGGAGCAAAAGCUCUUGCCAGGCGGAUGAGAAGAAGAUGGACAUAGUUCUUUGUGAGGAGGAGGCUUCUGAUGAACUCUGA